AUGGCCUCCCAGCUCCGCCUCCACCUUGCGGCCACACCACCUCUCCUCCUUCCGCACCGCCGUCCGCACCUCCGCCACCUCCCGCCGCCGCUCUGCCCCACCCUAAACCCAAUCCGAGCGCGGCUCCCCGCUCUCCCAGUCCCACGCGUUCUCUCCCAUGCCCGUCCCGUCCGGGCGGUCGGGGGAGGCAUCGAGCCGAAAGAGGGUGUUGUCGCGGAGGGGGAGGAGGACUCUGUCGGGGAGCCCCUGCUCGUGGGGGAGGAUUCGGCUGCGUUCGAGCUCAAGGACCAGAGCGUGGCGUCGUGGGCUUACUUCGCCGUGAUACUAACCGCGGUGCUCGUCGGGCUCAACGUGCUGUGGAUCGACCCCGGUACCGGAGUCGGGACCAAAUUCCUCGACGCUGUCGCCUCCGUCUCCGACAGCCACGAGGUCGUUAUGUUGCUCCUUACCAUAAUCUUUGCUGUAGUUCAUAGUGGUAUGGCAAGCCUACGGGAAAGUGGUGAGAAAAUAGUAGGGGAACGUGCUUACCGUGUGCUGUUUGCUGGAAUUUCACUGCCUUUAGCAGUUACUACUAUUGUAUACUUCAUAAAUCAUCGGUAUGAUGGUAUUCAAUUAUGGCAAGUUCAGGGAAUCACUGGCAUUCAUGAACUUGUUUGGAUCUCAUCGUUCAUUUCGUUCUUCUUUCUGUAUCCAUCUACUUUCAAUCUUUUGGAAGUGGCAGCUGUGGACAAGCCUAAAUUACAUAUGUGGGAAACAGGAAUAAUGCGUAUCACCAGACAUCCACAGGUCAUUAGUUCUAUAAAAUAUGUAGAGGCGUUCUCUAUGAUUGCAUUGCUGUUUCUUAUGACCACUUACAGACUUCUGACCCACAAUUAUCCUGUAGAUGGUUGGUCAGUUGCCGUUGUGGCCUCUGUCGGACUUAUCAGCCACCAUCUCUUUGGUGCUUGGAAUGGUGACAGGAGGCUGGUGUCACGCUAUGGUGAAGCCUUUGAAGUCCUGCAGAAGAGAACAAGUGUUGUGCCCUUUGCUGCGAUUCUUGAUGGACGGCAGAAACUGCCCAAAGAUUAUCACAAGGAGUUCUUUCGGUUACCAUAUGUGGCAAUCACAAUAUUAACCUUGGGCUCAUACUUUGCUCAUCCAUUGAUGCAGGCAUCCAGCUACCAACUUCCCUGGUAA